AUGGAAGCUGAAGAGGAAGGGGCAAAAAAACUGUCAGAAGUAAACUUUGAAAACUUACCUCCCAACUACCAUAAUGAGUCCAACACGGAAACCAGAAUUGGUAAUAAAACUGUUCAGACUCAUCAAGAAAUUGAUAAGGUUACAGAUAACAAAACUGGAUCAACAGUUUUUUCUGAGACAGUUAUUACAUCUAUAAAAGAUGGAGAAAACAAAAGAAAUCAUGAGUGUAUCAUUGACGAAGACUGCGAAACAGGGAAAUAUUGCCAGUUCUCCUCCUCUGAAUACAAGUGUCAGCUUUGUAAAACCCAGCACACACACUGCUCCCGGGAUGUGGAGUGCUGUGGAGACCAGCUCUGCGUGUGGGGCGAGUGCAGGAAAUCCACUUCCAAAGGAGAGAACGGCACCAUUUGUGAGAGCCAGCAGGACUGCAACCCUGGAAUGUGCUGCGCCUUCCAGAAAGAACUACUGUUUCCUGUGUGCACUCCGCUGCCUGAGGAGGGUGAACCCUGCCAUGAUCCUUCAAACAGACUUCUCAACCUGAUCACCUGGGAACUGGAACCCGAUGGAGUACUUGAGCGAUGCCCAUGUGCAAGUGGCUUGAUCUGCCAGCCUCAGAGCCACAGCGCUACCUCUGUGUGUGAACUGUCCGCCAAUGAGACCAAGAAUAAUGAAAAAGAAGAUCCCUUAAUCAUGGAUGAGAUGCCAUUUCUCAGCUUGAUACCCAGAGAUGCUCUUUCCGAUUAUGAAGAAAGCAGCAUCAUUCAGGAAGUGCGUAAAGAAUUAGAAAGUCUGGAGGACCAAGCAGGCUUGAAGCUUGAGCCUGACUCAGCUCGUGACCUGCUUCUGGGAGAUGAAAUUUAAAGUCCAAGCACCAGACAGUUUAGUUAUUUCUAGAUUUUUUUGGUCUAGUGUCUUGCUUAUAUAAAUCCUAAACACAUACUGCUGGAUAGAAGUGCAAUAAACCAGGUCUUCAGUGAGCAUCCUUUUCUGUGCACUAAACCUGCAUGUUCCA